GUGACCUAUGAUGACAUUUGCAUCAGAUCGGUCGAUAAUGCCGAAAGGAAGUUCUAUAAUCCACGUCAACGAAAUCAAUUUUUGGAUAUAAUCUACCCGAAAAGCUGUCAGUAUGGCUGAUUCUUGUUUAACAGGAUUUGCAGAAGAAAUAGACGAUUUGGCGAAAGAGUAUGAAUCAAUGAAAGAGCUUCAUAAAAAGUACAAGGAUAAGCUUGAGGAAGUUCAGUCAAUGCAGAAAAAGUGUGCAACUUUGGUAGGCCAUCAGAAGAAAAGAUAUAAGCAGAUUGCAGAAGGAAUCAAAGAAAAAAGCCCAGGCCUGAGUGGAGAGGAGAAGGCCAAGUGUAAUGAGCUGAAGACUUUGGUUGAAGACAGGAAGAAGAAUUGUAUUGAGGUGCUGGAUACUCUCCCAAGGUCCAACAACUUCUUGUUGAGUACCACACUUGGACCAGUCAGUGUUUCCAUCUUGAGUAAAAAAGACAGGUUUGCUUACAAGGAGGAGUAUGAGAGGUUCAAGCUCUAUCUCUCUAUCAUCAUGCUGGUGGGAGCUACCAUCAAUACAUUCUUCAUCAAGAACAGUGAAGAUAUGAGCCAAGCUACACCUACAUGUCCUAUGAACAGUCCUAAUCGCUUGGGCAGGAUCUGUGAUGCCUGCUAUCACUUUCUCCUGGUCUGGUUCUACUGUACGCUGGUCAUCAGGGAAUCUAUUCUCAGACACAAUGGAUCAAGAAUAAAAGGCUGGUGGGUAGUUCAUCAUUACCUGACUGUUAUGUUGACAGCAAUCCUGUUGAUUUGGCCAGACAGUGUCAGCUAUCGCAUGUUCAGAAAUCAGUUCAUGCUCUUCUCUCUCUACCUCAGUGUGGUUCAAUUGAUCCAGUAUUACUACCAAAGUGGAUGUCUAUAUAGAUUAAGAGCUCUAGGGGAGAAAAGUGACAUGUACAUCACUGUAGAGGGUUUCCAGAAUUGGAUGUGGAGGGGGUUAACAUUCUUGCUACCAUUUCUUUUUGUAGCAUACACUUGGCAACUGUACAAUGCAUACUCACUGUAUCACAUUGCUAAACAUCCUGAAUGCAAUGAAUGGAUGGUGCCUGUUGCGAGUGUGAUUUUCCUCUGCCUCUUCCUGGGAAACAUGAUCACGACAUCUGGCGUCAUUCUCACCAAAUUCAAGGCCAUGCAGUCGACCAGCUCAAGCCCCAAGAACAAAGGAUCAUGAUGCAAGUCUCGGGCAGAGAUCACCUGGGGUCUUUUUAUUUGCUUGUCGAGUUAUUGCUAUCCAUUUGCAGGUACCCAACAUAUGUAAGCGCAAACAAAUGAGCUUAAUUUUAAGUGUGACAAGUUCUUACUAUGUUUGAAGCUGAGAAACUGUUCUGAGAUAAAAUGUUGAAGGUUUUGCCAACUGAUUUUACCAGGUCCCACAAAACAGAUCAUUAAGAGUAAAAUGAGUUGGCUUUUCAAAUGAAAGCAGGUUGUACCGAUUGUUGAGCAAGAAUAUACAUUGAGCUAAUAUUUGAAAGUGUUGCCAACUUUUAGCAUAUGAAAAAUAAUAAUAAUUAAGUAAAUAAAUGAAUAAAUAAAAAUAACAAAAGGAAAAAAAAAAAAAAAUUUAAAGUGAAAAUAUAUCCAGCCAAGUUGAAGCCAAGGAACUUAAUUGACCUAUAAAACUUUAAAGAAAAAAAAAACAGUAGAAAACACAAAAAAC